AUGGCGUACCUCCUUGUCAGUUUCUGCUGUGCCUAUGUUGCCCUGGGCUCGUUUCUAUUCGGCUAUGACUCCGGCGUGAUCUCGUCCAGCAUCGCCCAGCCUGCUUUCGUCGCCAAGUUUGGAGGCUCCUUGACUGAUGCUGCCACGGGGGGAAUCGUCUCGUCGUAUACAGGUCUGCUUUUUCGUCCCCUUUCUAGUGAAAUAGGUGCAACGCUUCUGACACUGCCAACCUUCAUCAUAGGCGGAGCAAUUGUCGGUUCGGCUGUAGUUUCAUUCAUAUCCGACACCUAUGGAAGACGGGUCGUUGUCUUUCUGGGCGGCCUUCUGGCGACUCUCGGUGGAGCUCUGCAAGGAGGCUGCGUCACCCUGGCCAUGCUCAUAGCUGGCCGCUUCAUCGCGGGCGUGGCGGUUGGUAUGAUGUCCGCGACAAUUCCAGUGUAUUGUUCUGAAGUCGCUCCCCCACGCAUUCGAGGACUUUUGGGAUCGAUGCAGCAGUGGAUGAUCGGGGUUGGAAUCAUGGUGGCUCAAUGGGUUGGAUACGGCUGCUCGCUAUACACGGACUCUUUCUCCUGGCGCUUCCCGCUGUCCUUCCAGGUCAUCCCAGCCCUUCUGAUUUCCGGUGGGACUCUCUUCGUCCCCGAGACGCCUCGCUGGCUCAUCGAGCAUGGCAAAGAGGAGACAGCCCGCUCCGUUCUUACUCGCCUGCAUCUGAACCGUGCAGAGUCGAACAGGGAUCUCGUGGAGCACGAAUUCCUGCGGAUCCGUGAGACUAUCGACGUCGAACGCCGUACGGUUGCCCGAUCCUGGCGACAGCUUUUUGCGCACCCUCGCUCGCGCCAACGAGUCCUGCUUGCAUGCGGGAUCCAGGCUUUCACGCAGUGUUCCGGCACAAACGUCAUCCAGUACUACGGUCCGCGCAUCUACGCCACCCUCGGCCUGUCGACGUCCACCUCGCUCAUGAUAAUCGGCAUCUGGGGCGCCCUGGCCGUGUUCUGGAACACGGUCUUCAUGGCGUUCGUCGACCGGAUCGGACGGCGCAAGCUCCUGAUCCCGUCGAUGCUGGGCAUGGGCGCGACCCUCUGCGUCGAGGCCACCCUGGCGCACUACUUCAACCCAGACUCGUCCACCAACGCCGCCGCCCUCCGCGCCGCCAUCAGCAUGUUUUUCGUCUUCACGCUGUUCUUCACGGCCUUAGGUCUGAUCUCCUGGGUGUAUCCGUCCGAGAUCUUCCCCACCGCCAUCCGCGCCCGCGGCACCAGCCUCUCGACCUUCACGAACUGGAGUCUCAACCUCGUCUUUGCGCAGUGCGGGCCCAUCGGCCUGAGCCGGCUGGGGUAUCGCUUCUUCUACUGCUUCACGGCCUUCAACUGGGCCGGUGCAGCUAUCGUCUGGUUCUGGUACCCGGAAACAGUGGGCCGGUCGCUCGAAGACGUGGGCGAGAUUUUUGGCGAUGUCCACAGCGACGACAUUGCCAUCAACAACGCCAUCAACAAUGGAAACAACAAUGAUGGUGAUGCUGAUGGUGAUGAUGGCAGAAACGGAUCCAUUCGCAUCAAACACGGUUGA